AUGGAUGUGCGUGAAAUCAUUGCAUCUAUUGCGGAGAUACGUCUGGAAGAUGAAGAACAGGGUGUGCGUUUUGACGACGAGGGAUAUGGUAUCGCGAUGCAACUGCCGGAACGUCGCACAUGGACGUUGGUUGGCCGGUUCCUUACGGACCGAAACAUGAAAGUGGAGAUGAUGAAGCGAGUCAUGGCCUCGGCAUGGCGGCCACUCAUGGGAAUUGAGAUAACGGACGUUACCCCGAACUUAUAUCUCUUUACAUUCUUUGAUGAGGCAGACAUGCGCCGGGUGUUGGAGGAGGGUCCUUGGGCGUUUGAGAACGCGACGUUUCUUUGCCAGGUUUUGAAUGACGGGGAAGAUCCGACGCAAGUAGUGUUGAACACUGUGGACUUCUGGCUGCAGGUUUAUGAUAUUCCAUUGGGAUACCAGACUGUAAAGGUGCUUGAGCGGAUUGGGGAUUUCGCGGGGGUGUUUUUACGUUAUGAUGAACGUAAUUUUGAGAGACCGUGGACCUCGUUCUACCGGGUACGUAUAACACAUGAUGUAUCUGUCCCUUUGAAACGUCGUAUGAAGAUGAUCAUGCGGGAUGGGACGUGGGUCUGGAUAAAUUUCAAGUACGAGCGUUUGCAUAUGUUCUGCUUUUUUUGUGGUGUAAUGGGGCAUACUGAUAAAUUCGGUUUAGCUGCUCGUCGUUCGUUAUUGACACCGGAUCAAUAUCUGUUUGGUGCGGCUAUGAGAGCGGGUGGUAAUAAUCCGGCCAAGAUAUUGGGUGAUAAGUGGUUUAAGAUAGGGCAGGAGAGAAGGAAAGAAAUCGGGUUUGGUGUUGGUGGCUACGGACACAAUGUUGCGGCAGCAGGUAGGCCGGCUAUAUCCGAAACAAGGGGUCGGGUGGCGGUGGGUAGAGCUGCAGGGGAGGGUGGUGACGGUCAGUUGGGGUUGGCGAGGGAGAAUGGGGUAGUUGGGGAGGAAGAGGGAGUAAGGGUGGAUCCAAAGAGACGUAGAAUGGAUGGGGAGAUUGGUGGUGGAGUGGAAGUAGGGGUGGACAUUGAGCCGGAAAGCUUAUGUUUGGCGGAUUCUGAGAAUGGGGGUGGUAGGGGGUACCGGGUGAGGGAGGGAGUGGUGAUGGAGGAGGAUAUAGCAAUGACAGAUGUUCAAAAAAACUUGCAGAUGGCGGGUGCUGCGGUUAACCGAGAUCAUGCAGAGCGACUUCGGAUUAAGCUUGGUUUCGAAGGCCUUUUUAAUGUGGAUAACACUGGAUUGAGUGGAGGACUGGCAUUGUUAUGGAGAACGAAUGAUACUGCAAGAAUAAUUGGUUAUUCUAAUAAUCACAUAGAUGUUGAGGUGAGUUUGCCAGGUUUUGAUAAGUGGAGGAUGACUGGUUUCUAUGGCUUCCCGAAGCGUCCGCAGAGAAGGGAGUCGUGGGACCUUAUUCGGUCAUUGGCAAGUAGAUCGGAUCUGCCAUGGGUAAUCAUUGGAGAUUUUAAUGAUCUUUUAUAUCAGUAUGAGAAACGAGGAAGAAAUCUCCAUCCAGACAGCUUGCUACGGGGUUUUGGAGAAACUAUUGAGGAGUGUGGUUUGACACAAUUACCAAUGUCUGGAUAUCCCUAUACUUGGGAGAAGGGAAAAGGCACGCCAAACUGGAUAGAGGAACGAUUGGAUAAGGUUUUGGCUACUCAAACCUGGAGAGAGUUGGUAGCUGAUGCAAAUGUGCAGAAUAUAUUAACCCGGAAAUCAGAUCAUUCUUUCCUUUUCCUUGGGAUUCUCAAUCUUCGGGGAAGGAAGGGUGUUCUGAGAAGGGGUUUUCGUUUUGAGAUGGCAUGGCUACAUGAUAAGGGGUGUAGGGAAGUGGUGGAAAGUCCUGGGGCGAAGAAAGAAGAACAGUUGCGCCUCAGGGGGUGUACGGAUCCGGUAUCCCUAGCCGAGUUUCGGAGACUAGAUGAAUGUUUGGCUCGUAUUGAAUUACAGGAGGAUACGUACUGGAGACAGAGGGCCAAACAACAUUGGCUCAAGGAUGCAGAUGCAAACACCAGGUUUUACCACAGGUAUGCUUCUCAUCGAAAGAAAAAGAAUGCUAUUACUAAAGUUAUGAAUAAUGAUGGGGAUUGGAUUGAGGGGGAUGCCAUGAGGAAUGUAAUCUUGGAUUAUUAUCGUGGUAUUUUUAACUCGAGUUCUCCUACUGUUAAUGAUGAUUUCUUUGGGAGUAUACAAUCACGUGUAACAGGCACACAGAAUGAGAGUUUAUUGCGCCCAUUUGAAGAGAGUGAGGUUAAAUCUGCAUUGUUUUCAAUGUAUCCUGAUAAAGCACCAGGCCCGGAUGGUAUGAACCCUGGGUUUUAUCAGCACUUUUGGGAUGUAGUGGGUACUGAUGUUUCUUCUUAUAUUUUGAAUUGUCUGAAUACUUGCUCAAUGCCUGAUAAAUUGAAUGAAACAAACAUUAUUUUGAUCCCCAAAAAGAAAACCCCGGAAAUGGUUUCUGAUUAUAGGCCAAUUGCUUUGAGUAAUGUCGUUUACAGAGUUAUGGCGAAGAUGAUUACAGCCAGGAUGAAACCACUAAUGGAGAAUAUUAUAUCUGAGUCCCAGAGUGCAUUUAUAUCUGGAAGGCUAAUUACAGAUAAUAUCUUGAUAGCUGCGGAAGUUGGCCAUUAUUUGAACAGGAAGCAAUGUGGACUAACAGGUUGGGGGGCUUUAAAGCUGGAUAUGGCUAAGGCUUACGACCAUAUGGAAUGGUCUUUUUUGCAAAGGAUGCUAAGGGCACUGGGAUUUGAUGAAAGAUGGAUAGAGUUAUUAAUGAUGUGUGUAACCACUGUGUCUUACAGUGUACUGGUAAAUGGUUCAAGGACUGAUCAAAUAAUCCCGACUCGUGGUUUAAGGCAAGGUGAUCCCCUGUCACCUUAUUUGUUCAUUAUUUGUGCUGAAGGGCUUUCAAUAUUAUUAAAACAGGCACAGGCAAAGGGAGAGAUACAUGGCUAUAGAGUGACUAGAGGAACUCCCUCCAUUACCAACUUAUUCUUUGCUGAUGAUAGUCUGCUUUUUUUCAAAGCAAAUAUUCAAGAGGCGGGUGUGGUUAAACGUUGUUUGUCGGAAUAUGAAAAGAUGUCUGGCCAGGCAGUUAACUAUCACAAAUCGAAUAUUUAUUAUAGUAAAAAUACACGAGGUGAAAUAAGGGAUGAGAUUGCCGAUAUAUUGGGAGUUGUGCAGGCGCAGAAUUUUGAAAAGUAUUUGGGGCUUCCAUCAUUUGUGGGCAGGAAUAGAAAAGUGGCGUUCUCUUAUAUUGAAGAUAAGAUAAGGCAGAGGAUUAACUCGUGGAAUAAGAAAUUUUUGUCACAGGCAGGAAAAGAAGUUUUAUUGAAAAGUGUGGCUCAAUCUAUGCCUACCUUUUCGAUGAGCGUUUUUCUACUCCCUACGACUCUGUGCACUGCCAUUGAGCGAACCAUGAAUCAAUAUUGGUGGAGAUCGAGAGAUGACCAGGGUAUUCAUUGGAAAGCUUGGGAUAAACUAUGUAUCCCAAAAGAAUAUGGAGGAUUGGGAUUCAAAGAGUUGUGA